AUGGGCUAUCCCGGGAAAGAACGGCAGCAGCAGCUUCGCGCUGCGAAAGGCGAAGGGAAAGACGAGUUCAUUUCUUUGCAAUUCAGUGGGGUCACGAAGAAAGAGCUAAUGUAUUACGCAGCUCUAGUUCAAAGCUUUCCCUCUUCUUCUGCAGCGGAUUCGUCUUUCGGUGCCACCACUGCCGACUUCUCAGCCCCACAACAACUAGUGUUCCGUCCUCGAGUUACCGCCACCACUCCUGCCGCAUCAAACUUCAGUGAUAGUGUUGCUUCUGGCGGCUUUGCCGCUACCUCAACCAGCCAAGCUCCACCAGCCGAUAACGCCUCCCGACUGCAUGCUACAUCUCAACAACCCUUCUCCGCUAGAAUCGCUGCCGUCGCAGCAAGACGUACCGGUGGUCGCCACCACAAAAGAAGCCGAGUUCCUAGCCAGAAGGAACGUUUGUCUCGCCGUAGUGUAUUUCGCGAACUUACCGGUGUUCCUUUGGCUGCACUUGGUCUCGGUCAGAAAAUUGGGGGUUCUGUCGCUGCUGAUAUAAUCGGAAAUUGGCCUUCAGAAGUCCUUGGAGAGGAGCUCCUUGGAAGUGAUGAUGAAGAGGAAGAAGAUAUAGAAGACGAUGAAGAAGAAGCAGAGGAUGUAGAGGAUAAUGAAGACGAGGAGAUGGUAGACGUAGGAUAUGAUUCAGACAUAUAUGACAGUGAUGGAAACGAGUGGGCUGCUUUGGGGGUAAAUAUGAAGGAGGGACGACCAUGA